GCCCUCCGGGGGGACGUGGCGGCCGCACAGUCUGGCCUUCGUCUGGGCGUGGCGCGGGCGGCGGGGCGGACGCGCGUCUGCACAGCCCCCGGGAGUGGCCUCGCGACUAGCGGCCCCAGACUUUGGGCAGGAGCGGUUCGGGCGCGGCCGCGGCGUGCAGUGGAGGGCAGUCUGCCUGCUGAGCUGCCGUCUCCGGUGUGAAGACACAGACUCUCAGACUUUCUCUUUUCAGACACGGGGGGCUGGAGAGAUGCACAGCAGUGCCGGCUUCGAGAUGGGGUCCCAGGUGUCGGUGGACCCCGGAGCUCAGUGUGUAGUGAUCGUGGGCGGGGGCUUCGGCGGGAUUGCGGCCGCCAGCCAGUUGCAGGCCCUGAACAUCCCCUUCAUGCUGGUGGACGUGAAGGAAUGCUUCCAUCACAAUGUGGGCGCCCUGCGCGCCUCCGUGGAGAGCGGGUUCGCCAAGAAGACAUUCAUUUCCUACUCGGCGGCCUUCAAGGAGAGCUUCCGGCAGGGCCUGGUGGUCAAAAUAGACCUGAAGAAUCAGACAGUGCUGCUGGAGAGCGGAGAGGCACUGCCCUUCUCGCACCUGAUCCUGGCCACGGGCAGCUCGGGCCCCUUCCCCGGCAAGUUCAACAAAGUCUGCAGCCUGCAGGCAGCCGUUGAGGCCUACGAGGACAUGGUGAGGCAGAUCCAGCGUGCCCAGUUCAUCACGGUGGUAGGAGGUGGCUCUGCGGGCGUGGAGAUGGCGGCGGAGAUCAAGACGGAGUACCCCGAUAAGGAGGUGACACUCAUUCAUUCCAAAGUGGCCCUCGCCAACAGGGAGCUCCUGCCCUCUGUCCGGCAGGAAGUGAAGGAGAUCCUGAUCCGGAAAGGCGUGCAGCUGCUGCUGAGUGAGCGGGUGAGCAACCUGGAGGAGGUGCCGGUCAACGAGUACCGAGAGUACAUCAAGGUGCUGACGGAUAAAGGCACGGAGGUGGCCAGCAACCUGGUGAUCGUCUGCAACGGGAUCAAGAUCAACAGCCAGGCCUACCGCAGCGCGCUGGAGGGCCAUCUGGCCAGCAACGGGGCGGUGAGAGUGAACGAGUUCCUCCAGGUGGAGGGCCACACCAACAUCUACGCCAUCGGCGACUGCAGCAACCUCAAGGAGCCCAAGAUGGCGUACCACGCCGGCCUGCACGCCAGCAUCGCCGUGACCAACAUCGCCAACUCCACGAAGCAGAGGCCCCUCAAGGCCUACAAGCCAGGAGCCCUGACCUUCCUCCUGUCCAUGGGGAGAAACGACGGUGUGGGCCAGAUCAGCGGCUUCUACGUGGGCCGCCUCAUGGUCCGGCUCGCCAAGAGCCGGGACCUGUUCGUCGGCACCAGCUGGAAGACCAUGAAGCAGACUCCGCCUUGACGGGGGAGGCCACCCGGGACCUCUGACAAGUGCCCAGAGGCAAAAGCUUAUUUUAUGGAAUAAGAUGACAAAGAUCUACUGACCAACCUACAUGAAGUGGAAGAGAGAGGAGGCACAGCCGGCUCUAUCCCAGCUCCUUUGGAAUGGACAUGUGUGUAUACACAUGUGGAUAUGUGUGCGUGGAUAUGUGUGGAUAUGUGUGCAUGUGUUUGUGUGCACAUGUAUAGAUAUGUGUAUGUUCAGGUAUGUAUGUUCAUGUGUGUGGGUUUGUGUUUGUGGAUAUGUGUGUUCAUGUGUUUGCAUGUAUUCGUGUGUGUGCGUGUUCGUUUGUGUAUGUGUGCAUGUGUUUGUGCGUGUAUGUUCAUGUGUGUGUUUGCUUGUGCAUGUAUGUGUUUGUAUGUGUGUGCGCAUGUGCGUGUGUAUGUGUGUUCGUGUGUAUUUGUGUAUGUGUGUACAUGUGUUCAUGUGUGCGCGCAUGUGAGCAUGUGUGUGUGUGUGUGUGUGUGUGUGUGUGUGUGUGGUAUAUAGAGCUCUGGGAGCGGUGGAGCACUGUGUCUCCCUGAGGCUGGCACCCUGUCUGUUGGAGUAGGUGGGAGAGGGCCUCCACUCCAGCCUCUCCCAUCCCAUGGUGGGUGGUGGGGUUCUCAGAGCCUGGGCAGCCAGGCAGCUCAUGGGCACCUCCUUUGAAGCUCUGUUUGGUUUUUGUGACUCUUUCUUGCCAUUUUAGAUGUUAGAGGACAUUGCCCUCGUGGUUGGUUCAUCCAGCCAAGUGAGUUUUCCCACUAUUAACACGUGUUACCCACGAAGUGUUGGCAUCUGUGAGGAGGGGCAUAGAAUGGGGGUGAGCAGGGUGUGGAGGGUGGUGGUGGGCUUCAGCAGGUGAGCCUCCAACCCAGGUACAUCUGCAGGUGACCGGCUCUGGAGCUACUGGGGGUCGGGGAGGGGGUUUUGUGUUUCUGGCCACCUGCAAUGUCACUUGACCUGGAAGUGCUCCAGGUUUAGCCCCUAGCCACCUCUCUGAGAUGGAACUUAUUUCCUGCCCGAGGGGCCGGUGAGGGGUGAUGCUGAGUCCGUCUGCCAUACCCAGACCCCUGCAUAAUGGUCUCUGCAGACGCGGACACCAGCCUUCCUGGUCAUCCAUCCAGCCCCGCGUGAGCUGAGUCUGACGCCACCUGCAGAGGCCUUGCCAGGGCGCCUGUGGGAGGCUCCCCAGGAAGCAAGCCGAGCCUGGUGCCUGUAAACUGAGGCCUUGUG